GCAUUUUAGUCACGGAUAUCUAGAUAUCUGUGAUUUAAGUAGACAAUUGUUAUCAUUUUAUUCUUAUCACAUGAUACUAUCUUGAAUACGUUUUUUUUGUUGACUUAAAUAUUGUUAGUUCGUUACAUCAGCAUUCUGUUGACAGAAUUAUAGCACAGGAUGGAAUUAAAUUAUUUAUUAUAAUUUAUAAAUAAUCUAUUCUGUGAUUUAAGCAACUAUUGUAAUGUGACAAGUCUUUUAAACUACCAAAUCAAAGCACUCAGGUUCUAUUGCUAUUAUUAUUUGUUGACAUGAUGUCCUCGGCUACAAUUAAAGUACGGAAUUUGCCUCCACAAAUUUCGUGUGAAGAUAAAGAAGAAUUUCUCAAGUACUUUGGUGCUAAAUAUGUAAAAGUCUUGACAUCAAAAACGAACAGAAGUAUUGCUUUUGCUAGGUUUGAAUCUCAAGAAUUUGCUGAAGCUGUUAUUCAACGGUUGCAUCAAAAAGAAUUAUUAGGUCAUAGAUUAACUGUCGAGUUGUCUCAAAAUGAUCUUGAUGUUAAUCUUAUGAAAAACUCCAAGCCAUUACCAGAAAUAGAAUGUAAUGCUAAUGAGGUAAAGAAAUUACAAGAGGCUUAUUUAAAAAAGUUAAAUAGCUGGUCUACAGCAAUUGACUUGAACCAACCACCGCCCCAUCACCUGCGAUACAGUUACCCUGAUCCAAAUCCUCACAUUCUCUCUAAUAUUGCUAAUAUGUUAGCUUGUAAUCAGAAGUUUUACUAUCAAGUUCUUCAUUUGAUGAAUCGUAUGAACCUUCCAGCACCAUUUGAACCUGUUGAAGGUUGCUCUCUGAAAAAUUAUAUGAAAACUGAAACUGCAGAUAAGUAUACAACAACUGUUGAGACCGAUCCAGAACUCUCUGAAUCUGAAAUGGAAAGUGAAGGUGAAAGUGAACAUGUUGAUCGUGUAGAAUCUAAGCAUUCUUCAACUAGAAAAAAAAUUUCCAAAGGUAUGAUACCUAAGCGUUUAAAAGUCGUUAGUGGUACAAUUCAGAAAAAACCUAAAGUUGAAUUGUCUAAUGUUUUUGACACUGUUGAAUGUGAAGUGCCAAAAAAAAUUGAAGUUAAAGUAUCAGCAGAACUAAACCCUGCUGAAGGUCCGAUUGUUAAUACUGAAGGAGGAUUUGGAGUAAUAUAUUCUACUAAAAGUGUCAUCAGUGAAGAAAUUAAAAAAGGGAACGAGUCUGAAGACGAUGAUGUAACUGGAGAUUCUAUCAGUAGAGAAGAAUUAGCUACAAAUAGGCUAUCAGAAAAUGAUAUGAAAGAUAUGCCUAUUUUUAAGAACUAUUAUCCCGGAGCUCCUUCGUGUAGAUUAUAUAUAAAAAAUCUAGCAAAAACCGUAACAGAUACUGACUUGAAAUACAUAUAUAAGAGAUUUAUAAAGUCUGGUGACAUUAAACCAGGAACUAUGUUUGAUAUACGAUUGAUGCAAGAAGGACGUAUGAAAGGUCAAGCAUUUAUAACAUUACCAAGUGUGGAAAAUGCUCAACAGGCAUUAAAAGAAACUAAUGGUUAUAUUUUAAAGGACAAACCUAUGAUUGUACAAUUUGCCAGAUCGGCUACAGCUAAAUAAAUUUUAUUGUUUGUGAUAAUAAA